AUGGGGAAGAAGAAGCCGGGACCAAGAAGUGGACCGCAGGACACGCCACCGUCUGACUCCAAUGCCUCCUUGGUCAGUUUCUUAUCUCGAGGUCAUCGCAUGAAAUACACUCUAAAUCCAGGGAAAUACGAGGACCAACAAGUGUCCUUAACCCUUGAUCCCGAGGACGAGCUGUCGAUGAAGGCGCAGGGGGAGAUGAAAGAAUCCCCGACGUCCGAAGUCCAGGUCGUAACAUAUCCUGAUGAAGGGAACGUGCCUUCUGCAUCAACGAAGGAUCUAAAUGAGAAGUCGAAAUGGCGUUGGGUGUUGUUCGUGCAUGAAGACGGAUCCGUGAGUGCUUUGAAUGCCAAGGAACGUCAGAAGCCCGCUCGACACCAGAAUGGUCAUGGAGUCGUUGCACGACGGAGGAAACAUAGAUUUGACUGGCCGAAGAAGCGGCCCAAGUCUAGUGAUUCUAAUGGAGUUGAAGGCCAAACCGAAUCGAGUGUUUUUGUUAACGGGAAGAGCCCUGAAAAAAAGAAGACUAGGUCCAAAUCGAAACCUGGCAAGGUGGUGAAACGAAGGAAAAGCGUUUCCAGUCAUUCCGGUUCGGAACGUGGAAGGAAGAAGCUAAGCAAGAAGGCGACGAAGUCUGCACCUAUUGAGGGUGCUGCAGAAAAACCUUUAGGAAGGAAGAAAAAGAAGAAAGAGGAUCGGGGGAAGCAGAAGGUGAAGAAGGUGUCUGAAAGUGUCCAGACAGAGGAGGAGCUAAGCACAAUACAGGUGGAAUAUCGAGGGGAGGAACAAGCUGUGGACGUUGGAGAUCUCCACACUCGACCCCUCGUACCCAAGAAAGAGAGACCGAAAUCCAAGACAAAGGCGAGGAAAGGAAGGAGGCACGGCUGGUGGGCUGGCCGGAGACGGAGGUCCAAAUCCACGACACAAGCUUUCUCGAGGCGGCGACGCAACAGUACUAGUGGAUCGGAACGGAAGAAGAAGUCCCGUGACGAAACCACCUCUUCAGAGUCCGAUGACAGCGGGAAAGAUGAGCCCGUGAAGAAACAGAGCAGCGCGUUUCGGUUCAAGAAGCGCGGGAAGUCUCCCCGAAGAUCUCCCUCAAAGACGAAACUGAAGGAAGAGAAGACGAAAGAGAAAGAAGUUAUGGGAAAAGCGGAAACGGAAGCGAAAGUCGGUUCUGGAAAGGGAUUUGGGAUGCGGUUCCGUCGAAAGUCUGAUUCUUCCAAAUCUCCGCCAGAAAAGAAAGAUUCCUCCCGCCGGAUCACGUGGACCUAUCCCAAGCGUAAAGCUUCCAAAGUCAAGAUAUCCCAAUCUGGGAAAGUGGGGAAACGAGACAGCAAAAGGGGGAAAAAGAACGGGGAAAGAAAAGGAUCGUUGAAAGGGAUCAAAUUUUCUCAUUCAGAAACGGAAAACCCGAAAGAGGACGAGGGUCCGGUUCAGUCUACGGAUACCCCCUUGUUGAAGGCCCCGGCUCCAAAAGCUAAGCGGCUCUGGCUCCCCUCACCAUGGAAGAAAGACAAACUUGAGAAGGGAGACAAGCCUGCCGAGGACAAGACACAAGAGGUCCAGGACGAUAGAACAGAAUUCAUCGAUAUUCCGGACAUCCGUCUCUCCUAUAAGACGGCCAGUGCCCAAAUGGAAGUAGAGCGGGUGCCUGAAAUCAAGCCCUCGCCGCCUCAAGAGGUGAAGAAGACUGCGUCUCUGAAAUGGCCCAGCUUUGGCGCGAAGACCAAAGAUAAGGGACUUGAGGAGAUGGAUGCCUCGACGUCACCUCAAGACCACAAAAAAAAGCCCUUCUGGAGUCUCGGGCGAAGAAGGGCAUCAUUGAGUUCGGAGAGCGAGCACGAGGAUCUGCCCCAGCCCAUGAAAAGGAAGAAAGUGCAAAGUUCUUCUGAGAAACAAGCAAAAAAAUCUGGCGAAGAGAAAUCGGAUUCAUUCUGGUAUAACUUGAAAUUCAAGGACGAGGAACUAGGAGGAGAGAUGGUUCGAAGUCCCCAGUUGCAACCGUUGGACGACUCCGGUCUGGACUUAACAUACGAGACACCCAAGAAGACGGAAAAGGAGAUGCUGUCUCGACACCCUGGCUCCGGAGAUGGAUGGUACUGGUGGAUUCUAAAGGUCAAAUCUGGAAAGGCUCCCUUCCGAGACGACACGAAUUUGAAACGAAGCGUUGUGGUGUCCUCGCCAGAUUCCACCGACGCGAAGACCCAGAUUGAGGUCCAACACGGCGCACGACCAGCUAAGGACAAAGAGAAGAAGCGGAAGAAAGAACGCUGGAGAUUGUCCAAGACAAAGCAGGAAACGUCGAGCAGCGACUCCGACGCAGAAUCCAAGUCCAAGAAGGGCGUAAUAGAGAAGCCAGCAGAGAAGCCAACGGAGAAGCCAGUGGAGAAGCCAGCGGAGAAGCUAACGGAGAAGCCGAAGAUUGAUAAGGAAGAAAUGUCUUCGGAUAGCGACGACGGAAAGAAGAAAAGGGAGAAUACGAACGAAAUUGAAAUCGAUACUCCCCGUUGGUGGAAGUUGGGAUUGAAGAAAAAGCAGGACUCGAUUGGUAGUAAAGGGGAUCGUGAAGAAGACGACAAGGAGCAGGGCCAUCAUUCCAUCUGGCAGAAGAUCAAAACCAUAGGUGCACCCAAGGACCAGUCCAAGGCUAAUCCUGAUUAUGAGAAUUUGCCAGCGGGGACCGCAAACGUGGAUGUGGAUCAGCAUGUUGUUCAUUACGAAAACGUGCCAUCUGGAAUGCUUAGAGCGGAUCUGGACCAGAGUGGUGUUCAUUAUGAGAACGUACCAUCUGGAAUAUUAGAAGCAGAUCUGGACCAGAUUAGCGCUCAUUAUGAAAACUUGCUUUUCAUUCAAUCGCAUAUGGACAUAGAUCAGAGUAGUAACGCGACCCAGACGGUCGAUGGCAAACUUGGGAUCGAAGAUUUCCAUCUCCAAGUGGAGCCUGAGAUGAAGACAGAAGGCGAGUUGGAGGUGGAGGUUCCUGUCAACCUCACGAGUUAUAACUUAGAAGCCUCAGCCGGAAACGUCUUCCAACUUGCAGACGAAGAUGUGAGACCGCCCAAAAAGCCAGAAGGAAUCUGGGAUAAGCUGAAAUCCAAGGUGGGCUCGGAAGGGGAUGCUCCAAAGCCGACAGUUGAAGUCCAAGCACAUAUCGAGGAAUCAAAGGAAAAGAAGCACAAUGGUUAUCGUUGGCAUUUGGGCAAGAAACACGACAGAGAGAGUGCGGUCGAUGAUGGCGGGUCGAAAGAAAAGAUUGGAAUCGAACUAGACACAUCGAAACAUCAGAGGGAGAAGAAGCAUGAUAAAAAUUGGUGGAAGCUGGGCAAGAGGCGCGACAAGGAUGCCACUUCAGAAAGUGACAGCGAUAAUGAGGACAAAGAGAAAUCGAUGCUCACCAAAGAUUUACCUGGAGCCUCCAAAACGGAAGAUAAAGAAAUCUCAGUCAAUGGGAAAGACGAGGGGGAGAAGGAGAAAUCAAACAAGAAAAAACUAGAUUUUCAAUUUUGGAAGCUUCGGAAAAAGCGAGAAAAGGAUGGGACAUCGACAUCUGGCAGUGAAAGCGACGACGAACCGAAAAACCGUGUUCUAACGUCCGAAACAGAAACAGAUGGAACAUCUGGGGGAAUCCCAGUUACGAAGCAAGAUGAGAAAAAGAAAGCUACAAAAAUGUCCAAGAAAAAGACCAAGACAGAUAGCUUCCCUUCCCAUAAGAGGAGUAAGAGGCACACUAAGAACAAGGAAAAUGAAAAAGACAAGGAUAAGGACAUGGAUGCCAUUUCAGUGAGCGAAAGCGACGAGGAGAUUAAGAAGGAAAAGUCUGACAAAGUCGCAGGUGGGAAAAUGAAAGGACAGCAUGAUCACGGUCUCUUGUGGAAACUGAAGAAAAAGCGCGACAAGGACUCCGGUUCCAAGAGUGCCAGCGACGACGAAGAGGGAAAAGACGGGAGGAAUCCAAAUGAGAAAGUGUCUAAGGAGGAAGCUAAACCGAUCUCGGCAGAGACAGGGGAAAGCCAUGAUAGGAAGUCGUCGGCGAAAAAGAAGCAAGAGGGCAACUGGUGGAAGGUGAGCAAAAAGAAUGACAAGGACAAUCUGACGGACUCAGACCGAGAGAGCGAUGAAGACGAUGCCAGAGAAAGGAAGAAGACGGAGAAGCCGGUCAAGGAAGUCAAAGCCUCCAAUGGGGUAAGCGAAAUAUUCUCGGCAGAGAAAAUAGAGGGAAAGAAAGAGAGAAAAUCGUCUCAUAAGAAAAGAGUCGGCCACUUCUGGAAACAUGGAAAGCAUGAUGAGGGCACCAGUUCCGAGAGUGAGAGUGAUGACGAAGCAAAAGAAAGGGCAGGAUCUUCACGAGACAAGAAAGCAGCGAUUGAUGAAGAAUUGCAACCUGUCUCAUCUAGAAAAGAAGACGACCACGAUGACGAAGAAUCAUCCUCCAAGAAGAGACGAGAAGGCCACUGGUGGCAGUUGAAGAAAAAGCACGACAAGGACGACUCAUCACAAAGCGAGAGUGACACAGAGGAAUCGAGAGGAAAGCUGAAGUCCCCAGAGAUCGCAAUGGAAGUCCCAGUAGUUACGACUGAGAGAAAAGACAAGGACGAAAAGUCAUCCACCAAGAAACAUUGGUUUAAAUUAAGCAAAAAGGACACGAGUUCGCAAGAUGGGGAAGACGAAGUCCAUGGCACGAAAUUCGAGAUCGAAAAGCCAGUCAAGGAGGAAAAGUCUUCCAAACAAGAAUCCAAAGGCAUCGUAGGGGAGAAGGGAGACAGUGACGAGGAAAAAGAUGAGGGAAAGUCUUCCAUGAAGAAGAAGAAGCUAGACAUCCAUUGGUGGCAUUCGAAAAAGAAGGAAGAAAAUGAUAAUGGGAGUGAGACCGGAGAUGAGAAACCAGAAGAACCCGCGCCCAAGAAGGAACGAGUCGUCGUCAACGCAGAGAUGAACGUAUCGCCUAGUGUGGAAAUCAAACAGGACGAAGGAAGAGCGUCCCAGAAGAAGCACCACGGUAACUGGUGGAAAUUCGGCACGAAGCACGAUGAGAAAGUUGGAUCCGAGACCGAAAGCGAAGACGAGGAGGACAAAGAGCAUGAAAAAGACGAAAGGAAGGAGAAGAACAGGAAGCAUGGCCUCAAAUUGUGGAAGAGUAAAAAGAGAGAGGCAGGAAGUGCUUCCAGCGAAUCGGAUGAUGAAAAGAUGGAGGUAGACACGACCGUGACGAUCCAGGAAGAGCCAAAAAAGGCUGUAUCUUUUGGGGUGGUGGAAUGCCCGGUGGGAAUGGAAAUCCGUAUCGAUGACCGCGUUUUUGAAGGUGAAGACGGGGGGAAGAAGGACGAACAAACGUCAGUACACGAAGAAGAGUUGUUACCAUUGAACGAGGGAAAGAUAUCAAGGAAGAAGAGUGACAAAGAAACACACGGGAAGCAUUGGUGGAAGUUGGGUAAAAAACAUGAAAAAGGCACUAGUUCUGAGAGUGAGAGCGACGAUGAAAAGACGAAGAAAGAGCCCAAAGUGAAAGAAAUAAAGAUAAAAGUCGCAAAAGAGGAAACAAAGGGCUUAUCUGGAGCUGCAGAAGAGGGAAAAUCAUCUCUGAAAAAGGAGCAAAAACAAUCUGACUAUUGGUGGAAAAUGAGCCAAAAGCAUGAAAAGAGAACCGAUUCGGACAGUGAGAGCGAUGAGAAGUCAAAAGAGACCAAGCUACCCGGGAUAGAAGAAGUUGUCGAGGAGGAAGCCAAGAAUUUAUCCGCAGAAAAGAAGGGGACGGAGGAGGAGAUGAAGUCUUCCAAGAAAAAAAGUGAUAAGUAUUGGUGGAAGUUAGGCAAGAAACACGAGAAGGAAGCUUCCUCAGAGAGCGAAAACGAUGCAGAGGAGACGAAGGAAGAGAAGCCCAAGUUGUCGGAUGCAGACAAAGAGAUGUCCAAGAAGGAGUCAACCGAUUCAUCUGAAAUUAAGGACGAGGUGGAAGACAGAAAAUCGCCAGCCAAAAAGAGCAAACGAGAUGGCCACUUUUUGAAGCUGGGCAAAAAGCACGACAAAGAUACUUCGUCGUCGUCAUCCGAAAGUGAGAGUGACGAGGACGUAGAGAAAGAAAAAUCCACACCAGGUACGAAAAAAACUACGUCCAAGCAGGAAAACGUGAGAGAAGGAGCAGAAAAGUCUUCCUCUCUGAAGAAGAAGCACGGUGGCCUCUGGCGGAAGUCGGAGAAAAAACAAGAAAAAGACCCUGGUUCUGACAACGACGCUCACGACAAAGGGAAAGAAGGGAAGGAUGACCACUGGUGGAGCGUGAAGAAAAAGCAUGGCAAGGACGAAGAGAUUCACGAGGUCCCCAACAAGGGAAAAGAAGAGACCAAUAUCGAAGGAUCGGUCCUGACGGAUAUGUCCUUCGAAGUUUCUAUCGAGAAGGAAGAAAAAGCAUCAAACAAGACCCAUGAUGGCCAAUGGUGGAAGCCGAAAAAAGAAAAGCAGAGGAAGGGCGCCGCGUCUGAGAGUGAGAGUGAGGAUGAAACUAGAAAAACGGCAUCUGAAACUCCAGUAAUAGGCACAAUGGUGGCAGAAGAAGCGAAAGCUACAGCAGAGAACAAAGACGAGAAACAUGAUAAGAGGAAGGAGAAGAAACACGAUGGGCACUGGUGGAAGGUGGGGAGAAAGCACGAUGGGGAAGAAGUAUCGGAGAGCGAGAGCGAUCAGGAGUCAAAAGAAAGAUUCAAGUCCAUAUGGACUGAGAAAGAAGUGUCACAGGAGGUAGCGUUUGAAAUCUCGGCUGAGAGAGAGGACGAAGAAACGUCGUUCUCGAAGAAAAAGCACGGUGUUCAUUGGUUCAAAUUAAGCAAGAAAGGCGGAAAGGAUGCGAGCUCUCAAAUUGGGAAUGACGACGAAGGCCAAGUGCCCCCGAAGGAGCCCGAAGUCGAGAAGGAAGGUGGAGUAGUCAUGGCAGAACCUGAGAGAAAGCCUUCGACGAAAGGGAAGUCUAAGCAUCACGGGCUCCUGUGGAAGAUCGGGAAAGGGAAGAACAAAGACAUCGACUCCGACAGUGAGAGUGAAGAUGAAAAGGAAACGAAAACGAAGGAUGAGAGCGGAGAGACGGUGAUAGUUACAAUGGAAGGAGAGAAGGGGAAGGACAAUAGGAGUGAUUCGCUGAAAAAGAAACACGCUUGGUGGCCCCUUGGAAAAAAGCAGGACAGCCAAGCGUCCUCCAAAAACGAAAAGGACGUCAGUUCGAAGAGUGAGAGUGACGACGAGGAAGGAAAAGAAAAGUCGAAAGUGUCCGAGUCUUUAGAGGAAGUACCGAGGGAAGAAGUCGAACCUCUCCUUGCCAUAAAGCGAGACAGUCAAGUAAGGAAGUUGUCAGCGAAAGAGAAACGAGAGGGCCACUGGUGGAAGCCAGGCAGAAAGAACAAGGAUGAUCUGACGAGCUCCGACAGUGAGAGCGAUGAAGACGGAGCAGAGGUAAAGGUAAAGACUGACUUCACGGCCAAGGCAAACGAAGAGUCCAAGGAAGAAACCCGAGUAUCCCAUGCCGAGAAAAAGGGGGAAGAGGAGCGAAAAUCUUCACAGAAGAAACGAGUCGGUUACUUCUGGAAGAUCGGCAAAAAACAAGGAGGAGACACCAGCUCCGAGAGCGAGGGUGAAGCAGACAAACUCAAGGAGAAGAAGGAAGAACCAACGUUUCCGGACGUACAGAAUGAAAUCUCAGUCGGUGGCGAAGUCUCAGUCGAGUUGAAAGGCGAGGAAGAGGAGGAAAAAUUGGCAGGGAAGAAGAAACGUGAUGCCCGCUUUUGGAAGCUGAGCAAAAAACAGAAGAAGGGCACCAUUUCAGAGAGUGACAGCGACGAAGAACCAGCAGCAGAAACAAACAUUUUUCCAGAAUCAGAAAGCAAGGCAAUGAAAGAAACUUCUGCAAACAAGUCAGAGGAAGAGGCGGACGAGGAAAAGUCCGCAAAGGAGAAACGAGACAAGCACCGAUGGAAGUUGGGCAAAAAACUGGAAAAAGAUGACACAUCAGAAAGCGAGAGCGAUGAAGGAGAGUCGAAGAAAAAGCCAAAGUUACCCGAGACGGUGUCUAAGGAGGAAUCCACCAAAGAGAGUAGGGAUGAUGGCAAAGCCUCCACGGAGAAGAGAAAGCACGAUGGACAUUGGUGGAGUCGUGGCAAAGAGCACGAGAAGGGGACCAGUUCAGAUAGUGACAGCGACGAAGAGGAACCUAAAGGGAGACCAAAGUCGCCGGGAAGAGAGACGCUAACUUCCAAAGACGAAUCAAAAGGAAGUCCUGAAAAGAGAAGAGACGAGAAGGACAAAAAGAAACAAUCCGCGAAAGAGAAAAAGAAGCCCGAUAGACGUACUAGGAAGCUUUCGUCUCACAGCAACAGCGACGAUGAGAAGAGGAAAGAGAAGGAAGGAAGAGCUGAGGAGGACGAAGCAAGAGACACAAAGAAAUCUCCUAAAGGCGAAACCCAUGCCGAACAUCGAUGGAAAUUGGGAAUCGGCAGGAAGAAGCACUCGAGCAGCGAAUCGGGCCACGAGGAACCGGAAAAGCCCGCCAAGGAGAAAAGGGAGAAAUCCCAGAAGGUGAAGCAAGAGAGGCACUUCUGGGUCUCGAGUAAACGCCACGAGAAAGAAGGAAACCCACUGGACGAUAAAAUCCACUUGCAAAUAGAAGAAGCUCCGAGGAAGGCAGAAAUCUACGAAACGGUUUUGGUAGAAAAGAGUCCAGAGGUGACCGCUGACAAGGAAGCGAAGAAAUCCUGGAAAGAUGGUUCGCGCUGGAAGCUUCGAGCGAAGAAGGACAAGGACGAGAAGGCAGACAACGAGUCCGAGCAAGAAAAAUCCUCGCCAAAAAACCGAAAGGAGGACAGAAACGAAGAGAAGCAUAAGGAGAAGGAGGAGAAUGAGAAGGAAGAGAUAAAGAAGGAGGUGGAAGAAAAGGAGAAGGAAAAGCAGGAGGAGGAAAAAGAGAAAAGGGAGAAGGAAAAGAAGGAGAAAGAGGAAAAGGAGAAGAAGGAGAGGGAAAAGAAGGAGAAGGAGGAGAGAGAGACAAAGGAGAAAGAAAAGGAAAGGAGGGAGAUGGAGGAGAAGGAGAAGGAGAGGGAAAAGAAGGAGAAGGAGGAAGAGGAAAGAGUGAAAAAGGAGAAGGAGAAGAAGGAGGAAGAGGAAAGGGUGAAAAAGGAGAAGGAGAAGAAGGAGAAGGAGGAGAAGGAGAAGAAGGAAAGGGAAAGGAAGGAGAAGGAGAAGAAGGAGGAGGAGGAAAAGGUGAAAAAGGAGAAGGAAAAGAAGGAAAAGAAGGAGAAGGAGGAGAAGGAGAAGAAGGAAAGGGAAAGGAAGGAGAAGGAGAAGAAGGAGGAGGAGGAAAAGGUGAAAAAAGAGAAAGAAAAGAAGGAAAAGGAGGAAAAGGAGAAGAAGGAAAGGGAAAUGAAGGAGAAGGAGAAGAAGGAGGAGGAGGAAAAGUUGAAAAAAGAGAAGGAAAAGAAGGAGGAGAAGAAGGAAAGGGAAAGGAAGGAGAAGGAGAAGAAGGAGGAGGAAAGGGAGAAAAAAGAGAAGGAAAAGAAGGAGAAGGAGGAAAAGGAGAAAAACGAGAAAGAAAAGGAAAAGAGGGAGAGGGAAAAGAAGGAAAAGGAGAAGAAGGAGAAGGAAAAGAAGGAGAGGGAGAAGAAGGAGGAGGAGGAAAAGGUGAAAAGGGAGAAGGAAAAGAAGGAAAAGACGGAGAAAGAGAAGAAGGAAAAGAAAGAUGAGGAGGAAACGGAGACGGAGGAGAAGAAGGAGAAGGAGAAAAAGAUUAAGAAGGAAAAGAAAUAUGAGGAAACGGAGAUGGAGGAGAAGAAGAAGGAGAAGGAGAAAAAGGUUAAGAAGGAGAAGAAGGAGGAGGAGGAGAAGGAAAGAGAAAAAGACUUGCGAAGGUCUUCGAAAGGGAAGCAGGAGAGUCACUGGUGGAAACUGAAGACAAAACAGGGUGACUCCUCCAGUUCAGACAGUGAAUCUGAUGAGGACAACGAGAAGAGAGAAGGAAAACCAGAAAACGGGGAUUUGAGGAAGUCUAAGGAAAAACAUGAUCACCAAUGGUGGAAGGUAGGGAAGAAGCAAGAAAAAGAUCUCCAAGAGGAGAAAUACAUGAAGAAAGGGGAGGGCGAAGAGGUGCAAUCACGGAAGUCCUCGAACGGAAAGCUAGAUCAUUCCGCUCGGAAGCGGAAGAUGAAGAAAGAGGACACCAAUUCCGACAGAGGGAGUGAGAACGGGGAGGGGAAGGUCAAGGACGAAGACAUUCUAAUGAUCGUGAACAGUCCUCCCCAUCGAGGGAUCGAAGGACCCGUAAAGGCCACUCCCAUGAUCGUGGUAACCCAAAGCCCCGUGAACGAGGGGAAGGAGGAAGUAGAAGACAAGAUGGUGAAGGAAGAAAGGAGUGGACACGCGAACGGAGUCACAGAAUUCCCGGCCUGGAUGUCCCCCAUCGAGGCUCACGGAAACAACGCUGGCGAUGACGCAAGUGAAGGAAGAAAGGAAAGUAGCAGAAUUCUUCAACUCACACCCAGGCUCCUGGCCAGGCUAUUCUCUCCCAGCAGACGACAAGGGAGAGGCAAGUCUUCCUCCACUCCCGUAUCAAAGUCCGCUCAAGAAAAGGAAGACUUGGAGAAGCAGACCGUACCUGAACCGCCAACGAACUCGAUACAGACGCCCCCGAAAACGACAAAUUACGACACCGGCGUGUCUGUCGGUCUUGCUCACAACGAAAAGCUCGUAGACUACGAGGAAAUUUCUUGCGUCGAUUCCCACGUCUCAACAGAGCUUCAUCCGAAGAAGAGUAUCGAAACCCUACGAAGGGAAUACUUCGAGAAGAUUCUCUCCGACACUCGACAUUCCAUCCUCACGUCUCACGUCUGUUUCGGGAGACACGAAGAUUUUCGAGAGAUGGACCGAGACGAUUUGAGGCAUCUAGUCGAGAGACUGGAGAGAGCUGCGAUGCAAUUAGAAGCUCUUCGAGACACGAGCCUUCUAGAACACCUGCAGUGCCCCCCAUCCACACCCUCGAAGGAGGGAGAGGAGUGCCAGGAGGCAUUGCUGAACAGGUUGGAAAAUGUGGCCGCCAGGCUGGAGGCCCUGCACCUGAGCCAGUCCUCCGACUCUCUUCAUUUAUCCGGCGAAAGGGAAGCCGAGGGUGCCGAGAGGGAGCGGAAGGAUUCCUACCCCUUCCAGCACCCGAAAUGGAAGGGACCGAAAGACGACGAGAAGAGAGAAGUGACCGAGGACGAGAAGAAAGCCAUGCGGAACACCAGGACGGAUCGGGAGAAGAAGGCGAGUCGGGAAAGGAAGGGGAGACUCGAGGGAAUCCUGCAGAAGCGGCAGAAGUCGGCAGCGCCGAAGCCGCAUAGAACGAAUGCUCCCUGA